AUGGAAGUUUGUUCUAAACCAAAACCGUUGAGCGUCAAAGGUAACCUCAAAGAAAACUGGAAGAGGUUCAAGCAAGAAUUUGAAGACUUGCUAGUCUCAAUGGAAUGGGACUCAAAAUCCGAUAAAGUCAAAGCGGCCAAAUUAAGAAAUUUAAUUGGUCCUGAAGGUCGAGAAAGAAUUGAAGCUCUAGGUCUACAAACGUCUGAAGACUAUAGUGAACUGAUAUCGAAACUAGAUGCUUGGGCGGAACCUCAGAAAAAUAUCACAAUGGAACGAGCUAAGUUCAGCUCUCGAAACCAAAAUCCGAAUGAAAGUUUCGACGAAUACGUGUCUGAUCUAAAACGUCUGAUCUCCACGUGUGAAUAUGGUACUCUCAAAGAUGAGAUUCUAAAAGACCGAAUUGUCUUGGGAGUAGCGGAUGUUAAGUUAAAAGAACAUCUUCUCCGAAUCUCUGAUCUCACCCUAGAAAAAGCAGAGAAGUUAGCACAUGCGGUUGAAACUGCUAAAGCAAGCAUAGCGGUGAUGUCAUCAUCCGAGCAACAUGAAGCAAACCAUGAAGUGAAUCCAGUCCAAAAAUUCAGAGGUCGUGGUCGCGGGCGAGGAAAUUCUCAAAGGUCAUCCAACUCGCAGCGUGGUCAAAGCAGAAGCAACCAGCCAAAUGGACAGUAUCAACAACAAAGAUCUCAAUACUCUCAAUCACGUAGUGGAAACCGAGGUGACUAUAACGGAAAUUUCAGAGGUAAACAGUCUAAUUAUUGUGAUAGGAAUAAUAACUAUUAUUGUAAAAAGUGCGCAACAAAGCAUGGGCCGAGACAAUGUCCAGCCCAUAAUAAAGAAUGUGGAAGGUGUUUCAAUCUACAUCAUUUUGCAAGGUGUUGUAGGGCUAAUAAUGUAAAUGAAGUUAACGUAGAAGAAAAUAAUAACGAUGUUGUUAAGCGAGCAGUCGAAUCCGUUGUUUACAGAGAAUGUCAUGAGCUAGUAGCGUACAGCCCAAAAGCAAGUUUUUAUGAAGCCAGGGUAAUAAAUGGUGACAAAGCAGAUAAAUGUCUUGAAACUGCCACUAAGAAUUUAGAAAUUGGAAAGCCAGCUGAAAAUGCUAAUGAGAGUCAGGUAAAUGUCCUUGAUGUCCAAGAUCACCCAAAUGUCAGUAGCGUUGGUGAACAGAAAAAGCCAAGAAAGGAAUGGAGAGAGACAAUAUUCCUUGAAAACGUUCCGGUUAGUAUGAAACUGGACCCGGGGAGUGAAGUAAACACUCUACCAGAAAGUAUUUUUAAAGCUAUUUUAAAGAAAACUAAAAUUCCACUGGAAAAGACAAACGAAAUAUUAGGUGGAAUAGGUCACGGUGUAGCUAGACCUCUAGGUAUUGUAAGAAAGGUGCAUUGUAAAACAAGUUUUGAUGUGCGAGGAUAUUUUGAUUUCUAUGUCACAAAAGAUAGUGACACUAAAGCAUUAUUAGGUAUUGAAGCGUGUGAACGCCUUGAAUUAGUAAUAAGAAGGGUGCACUCUGUUAGCACUAAUGCAGAACAAGCAGCUUUUGUUGAGAAAAAUAGAGAUGUUUUUACUGGUAGCGGCAAAGUUCCAGGUUUAGUUAGUUUUCAGGUAAAACCGAAUCCUGAUUUUAAAAUUUUACCUCCGAGGCGGUAUCCGAUUGACACAAGUGAAAAACUGUUGAAUAAAUUAAAUAAAUUGGAGAAGCAAGAAAUAGUUUUAAAAAUUCCAAUAAAUGAAGAACUGUUAUGUGUCAGUAAUAUAUUAGUCCGUGAAAAACCGGAUGGUGAUUUACGGUUAUGUCUUGAUCCAAAAAAUUUAAAUGAGUGCCUCAUAACAAGAAAAUGUGCUAUCCCUACUGUUGAUGAAAUCAGUGCAAAGCUGUCAGGUAAAAAAUGGUUCACAGUGUUUGAUGAAAAAGAAGCGUUUUAUCAUUUUGAACUGGAUGAAUACUCAAGUCGUUUGUGUGCAUUUAACACGCCUUUUGGAGUUUAUAGAUUUUUACGUAUGCCUUUUGGGAUAAUCUGUGCAGCAGAGUGUUGCCAUGAAAGAAAUGUAACUAUUUUUGGAGGAAUCAAAGGUGUGACAGUGUACAUCGAUGAUAUCCUCGUAGCUAAUGACACUGAAAAAGAACACGAUGAAAGCAUCAAUCUGGUAAUAAUUCAGGCCAGAAAACAUAAUGUUAAAUUUAAGUUGUCAAAACUUCAAUACAAACAAAGGUUUGCGCAUUUCACUGGGUUUAUUUUUUCGGAAAAAGGAAGGCAAAUUGACCCGGAAAGAACGAGAGCGUUAACUGCGAUUGCAGACCCCAAAAAUAAAAAAGAACUAAUGUCAAUAAUGGGGAUGUUGAACUAUGUAAGACAGUUUUUGCCUAAUCUAAGUAAUGAAUCAGCUCCUUUACGUGAGUUACUUAAAAAAGAUGUAGAAUUUUUGUGGACCCCGUAUCACUCUGAAGUGUUAGCAAAAUUAAAAAAGAGAGUUGCUGAAGCACCUAUUUUAAGUAAUUUCGAUUCGUCUCAAGAAAUAGUGUUACAAUCUGAUGCGUCAAAAUCAGGAAUUGGAGCAUGUUUGAUGCAGUUAGGUAGACCAGUUGCCUAUUUUUCUAAGGCUCUGACAGAAACACAAACCAACAUCUGGGGUCAAAUCGACAAGGAAUUUUAUGCAAUAAUUGCAGCGCUUGAAAAAUUCUACCAAUUUACUUAUGGUAGAGAUGUAACUGUUGAAUGUGAUCAUAAACCUAUUUCUUAUUUGGUUCAUAAGGACAUAUGUAAAAUUAAAUCUCAAAGAUUGAAGAAAUUCAGACAAAGGUUGUAUAAUUUCAAAGUUAAGAUAAUAUUUAAGCCAGGUCGAAAAAUGUACAUAGCUGAUCUGUUGUCUAGGCAAUAUUUGCAGGAUGUAGCGGAAGACGAUCCAGAAGAAAUGGAGUAUGUCCAUUCCGUCCUAACUGAAGGAAAAGGUAGUUUAAGUGAUUUAGAAGAGUUGAAGCGAGAAACAGAAAAUGACCCAACUCUACAAAUUUUAAAAGAAUACCUACUCAAUGGUUGGCCUAAUAAUAAAAGUGUUUGGCCAGAUAAUGUAAAACCAUUUUGGAAAAUUAAAGAAUUUUUGUAUCUAGAAGAUGGAGUAAUUUUUAACGAUGAGAGAAUUGUGGUUCCAAAAGCAAUGAAAGAAAAAUGUCUUACGCUGUUGCAUUUAGGUCAUUUUGGUAUUUCAAAAACUAUUGCGAAAGCCACUGAAUUGUAUUAUUGGCCAGGUAUGAAUUCUGAUGUAACGAAUUUCGUAAAAAAUUGUCCGAUUUGUGAAAAAUUUUCAAUGAACAAUCGUAAUGAACCCUUGAUGCCCAUCGAAUUACCAAAGAAUGUAUUUGAAGUUUUAGGUAUUGAUUUUGCUGAGUUAAAUGGGGAGAGUUUCCUUAUUUUAGUGGAUUAUCUGUCUAAAUGGUUAGAAAUAACAAAAGUCCCAUCUCACCAUGCUAGAACGGUGAUUAAUGCUGUAAAACCAAUCUUUGCAACGCAUGGUUAUCCUAAAGAAAUUAUUUGUGAUAAUGUCCCUUUCGGAGCCAGAGAAUUUAAAAAUUUCAUUGAAGAACAUAAGGGUAAGGUCCUAACAACCAGCCCAAAUUUUCCUCAAGCACAUGGAAUGAUUGAAAUUUAUGUAAAAAUAGCCAAAGGAAUGAUAAAGAAAAGCAAAGAGUCUAAGGUUGAUCUUGAUGAAAUGCUGUUAGAAUAUAGAAACAUGCCUUUGACAGGUAUGAAAGUCAGUCCAGCUCAAAUUUUAAUGAGUCGUCAGUUGAGAAGCAAGUUACCUGUUAAUCCUAAUCAGUUAAAACCUAAAGUAGUGAAUGCAAGAGAAAAGUUUCUUGAAAAGCAAGCUAAAGUUAAAGAACAGUUUGAUAAAUCUGCUACACGAUCUGAAACUGAGUUUAAGGCGGGUGACAAUGUUGCUGUUCGAAAAGAUAAAAUCUGGAUUAAAGGAAUAAUUGUAGGUCCAGCAGGUACCCCUCGUUCGUAUAUUGUUCAAACAGCUCAUGGUAAUUUGCGUAGAAAUACUUUUCAUUUAAAAAAAUCUCAAACUGAACGUUUCAAUCCACUUUUGCAACAGAAUGACAACUAUGAUUUUCUGGAGGCAGAAUUAAAUGAUAAUACCCAGUUACAUAAUGUAAUUGAACCUGAUAAUAAUGUAACCCCAAAUGCACAAGUUGUUAAUAAUGCCCUGCCUAACGGUCAAGCGCAAAAUAAUGAACCUGAAAAUGUAAUUCCACGUAGAAUUAGACGUGUCCCUCAGUGGCACAAAGAUUAUGUUAUGUAA